AUGCCCUCCGUAAGAAAUCCCAUUCUGCCUGGGUUCAACCCCGACCCUUCUAUUCUCCGAGUCGGCAAGGACUACUACAUCGCAACAUCAACAUUUGAAUGGUAUCCCGGCGUACAAAUCUAUCACUCGACAGAUCUAGCCAACUGGACGCUCGUCACUCGUCCGCUAUCUCGUGAAUCUCAGCUUGAUUUGCGCGGCGAACCGGAUAGCUGCGGCGUAUGGGCACCAUGCCUUACUUACGACGGCGACGAGUUUUGGCUCGUCUAUACCGACGUUAAGCGGAAAGCCGGCUCCUUCAAGGAUACUCAUAACUACAUUAUUCAUGCCUCAUCUAUUGGGGGACCUUGGUCGGAUCCUAUAUAUACCAACUCUUCGGGCUUUGAUCCCUCGCUUUUCCAUGAUGAUGAUGGUCGAAAGUGGUUUGUUAACAUGCUGACUGAUCACCGCUCGCGUCCAGAGCCAUUUGCAGGAAUUUGUCUGCAAGAGUUUGAUUACGAAAAGAGCAGACUGAUAGGGCCCAGAAAAAAUGUAUACAAGGGCACAGAUGUCCGCAUCACCGAGGCUCCUCAUAUGUAUAAGCGGAACGGGUGGUACUAUAUCCUCAUAGCCGAAGGCGGCACUGGCUAUAGCCAUGCAUGCACUCUUGCUCGAUCACGCGACAUAUGGGGACCCUAUAAGACACAUCCCGACAAGCAUAUUCUCACAUCUAAAGAUACGCCAUUUGCAGCCUUACAGAAGGCUGGCCACGGUGAUAUUGUCGAAGCGCUAGAUGGCAAAGUCUACCUCGUUCACUUAACAGAGCGAAAAUAUACGUUUGAAAAGGGUCUCCCGCAGGAUUUCCAGUGGUUAAGAACUCCCAAGCCAGAUCGCCUCUUCUCCUUUCGAGAUGACAAGCUUGUAUUGCAUGGCCGGGAAUCCAUUGGAUCUUGGUAUGAGCACUCCCUUGUUGCCCGACGUCAAGAACACUUUUCCUAUGAAGCUGAGACUGUCAUUGAUUUCUCGCCCGAGGAUGAGCGUCAGCUUGCUGGCCUCACCGCAUACUAUAACCGAUACUGCUUCUUUUAUCUCGCGGUGACGACUGACUCAGACGGCCAACGAGAGCUUCUUAUCAUGACUUCUGAACAAUCUUACCCACGCAGUUAUCUUAAGGAACCAUUUGUCGAUCCCGUACAGAUUCCCAACGAGGGUAAGGUCAAGCUAGCGUUGGCCAUUCACGGGGGCCAACAGCUGCAGUUCUUCUACGCCCUCAAGGGACAAGAUCUGGUUAAGGUUGGUCCUAUAUUUGACGCUUCCAUCAUGUCAGAUGAGUGUGGCGGACAGGAUUCUCUCACGGGAGCAUUUGCGGGAGUAGCUUGCUCUGAUUUGAAUGGGUUGGGGAAGAAAGCCAUAUUUGACUACUUUAUAUACCGACCUAUUGAGCAUAAGUAUGAUCGCUAUGAAAUCAAGUCAUGA